CCCACCAGCCCCACCCCACCCCACCUCCAUCCCCCCUGUCUGCUUGUCAGCGGAAAUGCCUGGCCAAACACUACGGCUAGUUCCUCGUACCAGCAGCUAGUGGACGUGUUCCGUCACCUCUGUUUUCUUUUCCCCGUCUACACACGCUGGGAUUUUGACUCAUGAGCUUAUCCAGAUUUUGAGAAAGAGGAACUCAUGUGAGAAAUGGGGUCAGAUGAGGCCUACAACUUUGUCUUUAAAGUGGUGCUAAUAGGGGAAUCGGGUGUGGGCAAGAGCAAUCUUCUCUCGAGAUUCACCAAGAAUGAGUUCAACCACGACAGCCGGACGACCAUUGGCGUGGAGUUCAGCACAAGAACCGUGCAGUUAGAGGGCUUGACCAUCAAAGCCCAGAUAUGGGACACGGCCGGACUGGAAAGAUAUCGAGCCAUAACCUCUGCUUAUUAUCGGGGUGCCGUUGGAGCGCUGCUAGUUUAUGACAUUUCAAAGCACCUGACCUAUGAGAGUGCGGAGCGCUGGCUGAAGGAACUUUAUGACCAUGCGGACCCCCACAUAGUGGUCAUGCUAGUGGGCAACAAAUCAGACUUGUCAACGAUACGGUCUGUGCCAACAGAGGAUGCAAAGGAUUUCGCAGAAAAAAACGGGCUGCUGUUCAUGGAAACUUCAGCCUUGGAGUCAACAAACGUGGAGACCGCGUUCAACAAUGUCCUAAUAGAAAUCCAUAAGAAAGUGAGCAGUAAAGAGGUGACCCGCGGGUCAAUCAAUGCAGUGUCACUGUCCAGUCCCAAAACUGCACCAGCUGACCCUCAGGAGGAGAAGAAGCCUUGCUGUAAGAAUAUGUAAGAAUAAUCUGGAGGAAUGGCAGAGAGGGACUGAGGAUAGGAUCGACUUCUAUCCUCCUUCAUCGUCCAGGAAUGGACACUAGGCACCUCCAUACAAAUCUUGGUCAGCCAAUCACCACACAUUCAUAAGAACCACUUUUCAAUGACUGAUGUUUUCCUUCAUGCCAUGUGGCUGUCAUGAGAAAGUAUUUUUGUAUGUCUCAAGUUUCAUGAUGCUUAUGAAGCCAUUUAAAUAGCUUUAAAGGAAUACUGCAGCAUUUUCAACCUGAUCUCCAUCUGCAUCAUUGAUUUUCUAAGUGAAAAUAAGGUAACACACUCUCUCUAGAGAACACACUAAUAUUAAAGCAAUAAGCCACUUGAGGCUGUGCGUUACCAUUAAUAAUAAUCGACAUAAACAAGUAUUCCGCCAAGAAAUGUAGUUUCUUUAGAGUACGGUAUCAUUGCCAAGCAACCAUGGACUGCUGAAUGAGGAGAACGUUCAUUCGCCCAUCGCUGUAUACUGCGGUCAUUUCAUGAUUUGUUAAUCUUUUGUCAUAUAACAGUAAACAAAGGAUAAAACAGCACUGUUUAAUGCAAAAACUUUCGCUUAUAAGUACUUUUUGGUCACCAAAUUACCACCGUGAGUCUUAUUUAGCACCAAUCCAGCGGCACCCCUCUUC